CAUCUGGGCAGCCAUCGGCUAGGGGUCCUCUCGAGAGUGCGUGUACGGGACAGCACAAAAACAAACACUUUUCAGCCUACUACAUUGUUGUCUUUUCAUAUUUUAUUGACCGCGCUCAUUGAAUUUAUCGACAUCGUUUAGAUGCAGACUAGUCUCUGAAAGAUAACCGAUUGUCCUACUUCCGGGACUUCGUGACUAUUAAGACUGUGAAAUUAGCCCAAACCAAUACCGGUAGCUUGGCUAGCUAGCCAGCUAGCUGGACGUGUUGAUCAGCAGCGUCCUGCUUUGUUCUAAGUUUUCCUGUUAGGGAGAUGGAUGGUUAUCCCGGGGUCACUGGCGCUGACUCAACUAACCAACAAGAAAGACAUUACUACCUGCUGUCUGAACUGCAAACCUUAGUCAAAGAUCUACCGAGCUCCUUCCAGCAGCGCCUGUCCUACAACACGCUGAGUGACCUGGCUCUGGCGCUCAUAGAUGGGACGGUUUAUGAGAUUGUGCAGGGGCUCCUGGAUAUUCAGCAUCUGACGGAAAAAAAUCUGUACAACCAGAGGCAAAAGUUGAACGGUGAACAUCAAGCACUCAAACAAGAACUUGUACGAAAACACAAAGACGCCGUGCUGUCAUGCAAGUCUCACAACCUCGGGCUUCUCAAAUCAAACCAACAAACGGAACUAGAGACGCUGGACAUUCGUGUGCGAGAGGAACAAAGAAUGAAGGAUAAAAAGAUUGUUGCGGAAAUGGAUCAAAAAGUGAUAGACCAGCAGAACACCCUGGAGAAGGCAGGAGUCCCUGGGUUUUAUAUCACCACUAAUCCUCAGGAGCUGACCAUGCAGAUGAACCUACUUGAACUAAUCCUCAAGCUUCAACAGAAGGAGUCACAAUCUGGAAUACUCUGAGGAAGAUUAUAAAGAAGCCAGAUUGUGCCCAAAACAACAGAAACAAAUGGCAUAUGCUCACCAUGUUUUCGUCAACAUGUCACAUGGCUGUGUAAGAAGCAACAAGUUCAGAAAGUGAUGAACACUGUUGUCCCGAGUGUAAUUGUCAUCGCUAUCAUAAGCCGAUUGCAGAAGGCUAAGUAAUGAGGGACAUUUUUCGAGUUGUGUAGGAGAGCUGCAGCAGGUUGUUACAACAUGGCUUUUGAAGCACUUAAAUAUCGCAUAUUGUGAAAUUAGAAAAGCCGUUUAGCUUCAAAAGCUUUACAGACACAUUUGAGGACAUGAGGACAAAAAGAGAUGAACAUACUUGACUGUAACUGGAAGUAAUACUGUGAUCUCACUGCAAUAAGAUGGACUCUUUGUAAGCGCCUCUUUGUACCUUUGGAGCAGUCGGAGAGAUUUUAGGUGAAAAGGAAAGCUUAAUUCCUUUGAGCGUGAACAGAGAUCUAACUGUGAGCAGCACCAGUGUACUGGCAUCAAAGUUGAAUAUUCUUACUUUUUGAAUAUAAUUGCUUUUUGCAAUGGCCAAAGGUUUUUUUUGGAAGCUUCCGCUGUUUGUUUAAAUCAGCCACUGGACACUGGACCAUCAUCUACUGGCAUCAACUCAUGACAUUGAUCUCAAACGUGGGUGAAAUGUGUCUGGUCCAGUGAUCUAGCUCUGUUCUGAACAGAUUUUAUUUCAGGGUAGUGGUGCAGAUUAAGUGUUAAGCUAACCUCAGUUCAAUUUAAUAGAUUUUUUUUUGUGUCUAAUGUUAACUGUAUGGCAAAUAAAUGAAAUGAGAUACAGUAUGAACAAAGUCCAAUAUUUGUAUCUGAUUUUCCAUUACAAAAAUAUUGGCUUUCAUACAACAAAAGGUUUAGAAGUUUCUCCAAACAUCUUUGUUUGUGAAUAAUUUUAACAGAACUCAGCUCCAUAAACACUGAUGUAAAUCCCAUAACUGUAAUUUGUGAAGUGCCGUUCUCAAUUAUUUCACUAGGUGGUGGCCACUAUUCAUCAGUCAAUGUGGAACCAGUUCAAACACGCCUAUGUUUGCUGACAGUUUCUUUGGCAAUUCGUAAAUAAGGAAAUUAUCUGAACAGGAUCUGUGGCCUCUUAAUUUGUUUUUGUCUUUUUUUCAUUUGUAAGACCAAAUACCGGUGCUUUUUUUCCCCGUUCAACCAGACAAUAAACAUUCCUGUUUUUGUCUGUUGAGGACCACUGUCAAAUUUAGGCUUGUUGAGCCCUCAAAGUGAGAUUAAUCUGAUCAUAUAUAUGUGUUUAUGUAAUCCGACCUAGCUAUAAUUUCCUUUAUAUCAACGUCAUUAAAUUAAAAAUACACCAUG